UAUCCCAAAACAUGUGUUGGGACCUUUCAUGAAAGGUGGCACGGCAAGACCUGGAUUUACCUCUAAAAUUGUUAAUUACUUUUCAUCCUUACCACACCACUCCUACUAUUUCAAUAAAAACCUCCCUGUAUUUUAAAGCCCUCCUUUAAAUGUGCAGAUAACUCAUAAUAUCCUUGCAAGCAUGUCUGAAUAAGCCUUUCUUCCGUCAGUCAGUUCUCUGGGUUGAAAUUAGACAGCGAGUCACAUUCCAGUGUGGAAAGACCACAGGUACGAGAGCUGUUAAGGACAAAGGUAAAAUCAGGAUGGAAAAAGAGAUGAACGUCAGCAAAGGAGAAGAACAACAAACAGUGAAGUGGUAAAGAAAAAAAACACACUAAUGAGGAGACUAUGGGGGCUCAACACUACUGGCUGCUGCUACUGUUGGUCGACUACAGCGCUCGGAUUACAGGCUCUGUGAGUGGCAUCAGUCCGUACAUAAAGCAUUACGAGGGCUUGUCGUACGACAGGGAAGAUCUUCACAGGAAGCACCUGAGAGCCAGAAGAGCCUCGCAGCCUUAUGAACGCACACUGCAGCUGGACUUGACUGCUUUCCACAGAACUUUCCGUCUGCAUUUGAAACACAAUUCCGAGGCGUUUGCCGAGAAUGUCAUCGUGUUCAGUGAAAAUGGUUCCACGUCAGCUGACCUCUCCCACAUAUAUUCAGGAACACUAAAAGGUGAACACGGCUCCUGCCGCGGCUCAGUGUUACAGGGGCAGUUUGAGGGAACCAUCCACACAGACAAUGGGACCUACUACGUAGAGCCGGUAGAUAGAUACACCAGCAGCCCUACGGAUCACCACUCGAUAAUCUACCACGAGGAUGACAUGGUCCUGCCAUCCAUGAGAACUGGCCCCGGUGGAUUCUGUGGUGCAGAACAUCUGAGCCUCCUCAGCCAAAGCCUCAGACGAGAUGAGGAGGCACCAGCGAGCCGGGGCAGGAGAAGAGUGGAUGAGUCAAAGACCAGCUGCCUGCUCCACCUCCACGCGGACCACCUCUACUACAACAAGUUCAAGUCCGUUCAAGCAGUUGUGGCUCAGGUUGCCUCCUACAUACAAGCCGUGAAUGACAUCUAUGACAAGGUGGACUUCGAUGGGAUUAAGCUGAUCAACUUCAAAGUCAAGUCCCUCCGCGUGGCGACGGGGGAAGAUGAAAGCGACCCUCUGAACCCUCUGUUCAUCGGGCCGGAGAAACUCUUGAGUCUGUACUCUGAGAACAACUCGGGCAACUUCUGCUUGUCCUACCUGCUGACUAACAGAGACUACAGCGGACUGCUGGGGCUCGCCUGGGAGGGCAAAGCCGGUAACUGGGGAGGAAUAUGUUCAAAGCGGACCACCCUGCGUGACGGCCGGACCUCCACCCUGAACACGGGUCUGGUCACAAUACAGAACUAUGGACAGUUCCUGCCUCCUCGCCACGUCCAGCUGACCCUCGCUCAUGAGCUCGGCCACAGCCUGGGAUCCCCGCACGACGAGGGCUCCAGCUGCGGGAACCUGGGCUCCAGCGGUGGUAAAGGCAGGUAUCUGAUGUUCCCUCAUGCCACAGACGAGGUGCGUGAAAACAACGACAAGUUCUCGCCUUGCAGCAUCGAACACAUCAGCAGGGUGCUGAAGCUCAAGAAGGACGACUGCUUUGUGGUCAGCGAUCAGCCCAUCUGUGGAAACCUGAUUGUGGAGGAGGGCGAGGAGUGUGACAUUGGUCACAACGACACUGACCUCUGCUGCUUCAGCGCUAGGCAGCCUGUAGGAGUCCAGUGUCGCCUCAAGCCUGGUAAAACCUGCAGUCCGAGCGGGGGCCUGUGCUGUGGUCAGGACUGCAGGUUUAAGUCCGCGGGGCGGACCUGCGACGAGGAGACUGACUGUCAGAGGGCGAGCGAGUGUUCGGGCUUCUCCCCUCUGUGCCCCAUGCCGAGCGCCAAGGACAACCUCACGGAGUGCAGUCAGGGCACGCGUGUCUGCAUGAGCGGGGUUUGUGCAGAGUCUGUGUGUGUGAAACACAGUCUGCAGCAGUGUGACUGUCCAGGAGACUCGAUGAAGGCGAAAUGCCACAUGUGCUGCCAGCAGCCCGAUAAGCCUGAGACCUGUGCCAGCACCACCUCCUCCGUGCUGUCCCGUCACUUCCAGAGGACGUCGUUGCCGUUGGUCGGCGGGGCUCCGUGCUCCGGAAACCAGGGAUACUGCGACAAAUUCCACGUGUGUCGUCUGCUCGAUGCGGACGGCCCCAUAGCGAGACUGAAAAACUCUUUCCUCCGUUUGGACGACUUCGAAGACAUAGCGGAGUGGAUGAAGGCUUAUUGGUGGGCCAUCCUGCUGGCUAUCCUGGCCCUAUCUGCAGGGAUGGGCUGCACCGUCUGCCUCUGCGGCCACAGGCUUGACGCCGGCGACCUGGAGUGACCUCUGACUUCUGGUCGUCGCUGGAAAUAUCCAAUAUUUUAAUUCAAGCCACGCAAAGUCCUUGGUAUUCAUUCAACUGGGAGUUUUGAGUCACAUUGAAGAGAUUGAACUUUGUUCCGAGUGGCGUGUGGUCUGCAGGCGACCUGCUCUCAACGCCUCUCGUGCUCAUUUGGUAACAGAUAUCUCUGAAAAGCUGCUGUGUAUAAAGAAGUUAGAACUACUUUAAUUUGUCAAGCACAUUUAACUGAUAAUACUUCCGCUACCACCAACGGUCCACGUGACAUAAAUAAAAGGUUUAUUUGAUGUUUUUUCUAAAGCCGGCUCGAUCGUGUGUAUCUCUUCGUUCACAUGGCGUCACAACUUCAAGGACGUGAAGAAAUUUUAAGCUUAUUUUUGAGUUUAACAUUUCUUAACACUUUCAUAUCAAAAGCAGACGUGAGAGACGACAUUGUAAUCAAAAUGCUUGGAUCCCUAUAAUCUACUAACAAGGAAACAACCUUGUGCUGGCAAGAAUGAGCAAUCACAAUGAAACCUUUUCAUGAUUGUAAAGUUUAUUAUUGUUUUUCAGUCACAACUUGAUGAAUAAAAGUCAGGCUCAGGGUGGCCACUCAAAC